GGUCACGUUCGAUCCGCUCCAUGGCUGAUACGCUCUUCCGCAUAAACAGCCAUGUAUAAUACAGCCAUGCAUAUACCGCAUUUUCGUGCCAAGCGUGCAUUAUGCCAGUUGUAACUACACCUGCGAGUAACGACGACUGCACCCCUUCCAAGGCCUAUGCCUUGGAAACUGUCAAAGAAUCGUACGCGUGACGCGGGGUGCCAUCGCGUCGUCGCCAAGGGGCUUUCUUCAGUUUCUUUAUCCUCCCGUAAGCCAUGAACCCUGUCGCGAGAACAACAUCCUUGUUCCGCGGAGCGAGUGAAACGCCAGCCUUCUAAGAAGCGCGACCGUUCCGAGGCUGGGGGAAACGGGAACAGUGGCUAAAACGUAGCGCCGUGCGCGUUGGGGGUAGAAAAUUUCGCAUAUGGAGGAAGUCAGGGCACCGUGUUAGGCAACCAAGCCUACACGGAACCCGACCCGUGUUGCAUAAUAUCGCUUUUCUCGUAGACAGUUCCGUCGCGUCCAGUGCCAAUCCGUGCAAAUUUAUAGAGCGAAUAAUAUUUAAAAUAUCGACAUGGCAUCGAGUAAACCGUUGGAAAUGAGCUACACGUGCGAAAUUUGCGGUCUGGAAGGCUUCAACGACGAGGAAAUGAGAUCGCACAUGGUAGUCUAUCAUCUUCAAGGAGCAGCUAGCUGUCCUUUUUGUGACCUCGGUGAGGUUUCACCUGCCGAAAUGCUCGUCCACGUGAACAGCGCUCACCUAGACUACUUAACUCCAAGCACCCCGGAGAACGAUAUGAUGGCCUUCAUCGACGACGAUCCUACAACGGACAGUGAUCGUUAUGACGAAUGCCGAGGGCCUUCCCCGCCAGCAUCUCCGUACGCGCCGCACCUCCAAAACGGCUGGGGUUCUCCGCCACCCUCCAAGCAAUUGCAGGAAGAGCGGAAAUCCAGCAGUUCAAAUCUAAAUAAUAAUAUAAACAACAACAAUAACAGUAGCAUUGUUAACGUACCCGAGGGUGCCGCCGGUCACGGUUCUCCUCUUCGUUCUGGCCUGAACCUUCAGCUUCGUUCACAUGCUUCACCUAGGCCACCCGUACAGGAGUGUCCAAUGUGUCCCUACACCUCCGAUAGCCCACUAAGGCUUGAGGAGCACAUCAAUCGUCAACACUUUGAUUUAACGUCACCAUCCUAUCCACCAGAAUCACCCCCAUCUAGAGACAGUGUUUUCAACUGCCCUCUCUGCGUCAGAUCUUUUCCCCAUGCAUCUGACCUCGAACUACAUGUCAACAUUGAACACAAAGAUAUACUUAGCCCAGCGAAUGGCACAGCGAUGUGUGAACAAAAUGGAAGCUACACACCAACCUGUCCCGUUUGCUUAAGCACUUCGUUUACGAACAGCGAUGAGCUGACUGCUCACAUAGAGGAGCAUUUCAAUAAAAAAAGUGCACCCUCGCCGGUGACCCCGGAUAUAUCUAGCGAUCGGUUAUUGGCUAAGGAUAUGGAGAGAAGGGAGAAGGAAGUGAGAAGGUUAAGAGAGCAGCGUGAGUUUGAGAUGUUGCGAGCACAGUAUGGUAUGGAUAAUCAGGGUAACUUUCGGGAGCAGAGUGUAACUAACAUGCAACGGGCUGUCUAUGCCGGUGAAAUGUCAGUCGCCGAUUAUUAUGAAAGACAAAUCGAACUCCGAGUUGCCGAGAGCAGUGGGAUCGAUGACGGUAGCUCCUGCACUCGUGGACUGGUUCCAAAAGUGAGAGCAGUCAGUCAGGCAUGCAGUAACGUAGUAACCACUUUAAUGUGCUCCACUGUCGACCAUUAUGGGUCAACUUACGGUGAUAAGGGUUGGGGGUGUGGAUACAGGAACAUGCAGAUGUUAAUUUCCAGUUUGCUGCAACAUACGGGUUUCAAUGAUUUAGUCUACAAGGCGUGGGGCUCUGGAGUAGGAAGCAGCAGUACUACCGACUGCCCAUCUCGCAGUGCCAUGCCAUCUAUUUCCCGACUUCAAACAAUAGUUGAAUGGGCCUGGGCACAAGGUUUUGAUAUCCAAGGUGCUGAACAACUCGGUAGUAAACUAGUCAAUACAAGAAAAUGGAUCGGUGCUACGGAAGUUGUAACACUUCUGUCCAGUUUGAGGAUAAGAUGCCAGCUGAUUGAUUUUCAUAUACCAACAAGUUCUGACGGUGGGCAUCCAGAAAUGUUCAAUUGGGUCCUACAAUACUUCCACAAAACAGAAGAGUUCAAGCCACCACUGUAUUUGCAACACCAAGGUCACAGCCGAACAAUAAUGGGCGUAGAACAAUUAAGAGAUGGCUCAAUCACGAUGUUAGUAUUAGAUCCAAGCCAUAGCCCCUCCCAAAUGUCACAGUUCAGCAGCACCAGUAGUGCGCCUGGUGCGAUGCGCCUCGUACGCAAAUCUGCUGCAGCGAUGAAGGCUAGACAGUACCAAGUAGUAGCUGUUACUGGUAUGAUGGAUUCGGAAGCUCAGUAUCAACAAAGCAAGGUGCUACGAUCGAUGCGCAUCCCACAGGAUAGGUGAGAUUCAGUGAAUAAUAACAAUAAUUACAAUAGUAGUAAUAAUAACAAUAACCUACGUCCUUCGAUAAGUGUCCUAUGGUAUUUCCUCGCUGCCAUGACGAGUGUCAAUCAUAAUACCUUUCAAUUAAUCUGUGUCACUGCUAACAAGACUUCGUGACCAUGGGACAAUAGUCUACUAGUAGAAAUCUAACACAACGUUCUUAUUAUAGUUGAUUAAUGAAUGAAUAUUCUUACAACCCUAGCUAUCAGUGGAUAGGACCAGAUUAUAUCUGAGUUUAACGUUCUUCAAAUUAUAUCGAGUGUAGAUAGUAAAAUAAUUCGAACGAAUUUACACUAGUCUAUACAUAAAAGAGAUAUUAUAUAAAAUUAUUCGUCAGACGCGAGUUUUAAAGUGUCUUCUACAUACACUACUGUGGUUUCGUCUAGACAUUUUCGUUAUGACAUUACAAUUUUUUUGGCCGAUUCAUCUAAGGAUAAACUCUUAAUGAUAAAUAUAUUCUCGAGAAUGUACCUGUGAUCAAGUCAAAACCAUACAAAAACAUAUAGGUAUAUAUAUUGUAUAUGUAUAUACAUAGUCGGGAAAUUAAUUUUGUAAUUAAGUUGUAUUCGUAUCAUGCAGAGACACUUUAAAAUUUUAUGACUAUUCCGAAAUGCCCGGCCCAGAGUAAACAUGCUCAAAAAAAAAGAAGUAAAUUUUUGCUCGAUUAUUACCGUUUAGCACUCAAUGAGAUUCCAAACUCUUCCAGUUGAGCAUGUUAAGUGCAUACCUGACUUUAGUCACAACGGUAAAGUUUAGGACGGUUCGAGGACUGAAAGGUUAAUAGGUGUGAGCCAAUAAUAAGUGUCCAUUUAUCUGCCGUCAAUGCUCAAUAUCUACAAACAAUGCUAAUUAUGUCAAUUCUUUUAUUGAUCGCCAACUAAUCAUUGUUUUGUGUGUAUACUGGAUGUGAUGGCCGGGAUUGGAAAAGAACCCCUUAUGUAGCUGUGAUGCUAUUAUCUAAUUAUUGCUAAUCACUUACUAACCAAAGCAUUUUUGACUACACUCCAAACUCCUUAUAAUCCAUGUUAUUUAGUUGAUUAGGGACCAUUGUAUGUAUGCAAAUGUAUACAUAGGUAUAUGUUACUGCAUUUUAAUUACUUUUGCCUUGAUAUUUAGGAUCAAAGUUUUCACGUUUUCUUGAUCAUUGAACUGCAUUUUUAAUUGAAAAUUUUUUACCACUAUAUCAUCAUCAUGUUAUACCUUACGGCACAAAUGAAUUCAAAUUAUCUAUUCAAACUCAGUUAAUGUAGGCCUAACGUUUUACACGAAUUUUUUUAACCUCCUUUUUGCUUAUCGUUUUAAUUUUUUAUUUUUUGCUGAUUUUUUAGGGCAUCAAACUCUGUUAUAAGAUUUAAGUCGAAGCGUUAAAAAAAGGGGCUUUACCAAACGUCGCACCAGCAAUCAACACUCGUCCCAUAAACUGCACUCACUCGUUCCACACAUAUAAAGUACAACUACUUUCAUACAAAUUAUAAGUAAUAUAUUUAAUUACGUUAAUCAAUAUAAGGCAAACCUACUCCCUAGAUCGUAAGUCCACCACAAUGCUGUGAAAAUUUCAGUCCAAUACUUAAUCGUUAUACGACUUAUUAGACUCUCUAUCAGUAUGUACGUGAAAUUAAUUCUCUUAAGGUUUAUUUAUUAUAACUUAAGUAUUUGAAAAUGUUUGGAGGUGUCUCGCGAUUAUAAAUUACUCCUAAUUUCGGUUCAGAUUGUAUGUAAUAGGGAUAAUUAUUGAUAGGUGUUACGUCUUUACUCAAUGUUAGUGUGAAACUUUCGAUAUUGAUGCUUUGAGAAUUGAUGAUUAGUAAGAAUGUCUGCAAUUAACUGUGAGUGUAAGAUAGAUGUGCAAGAGUAAGCAAGUUUGUAAAAAAUUUCAAUUUUUAUAUACCUAUGGUUUAAGAAUUAUUCAUUUCCAAUUAUUGGAAUUUUCAUUUCCUAAUUGGCAUUUCUUGUUUUUAUAAUUCUGAGACACCAACAGCAGCACGGUAUAAAAUACUAUACAGUCAACUCUUAUGGUGCACAAGACUGUAUUGCUAUAAUUCUUUCACGUUAUUAAACUAUAAAUGACAUUAGAUAAAUUGUUUCGAAUCUGGUUACUCGACCUUAUUAUUACAAAGAUUGUCAAAAUUAUAUUAUAUUACACUUACAUCAACGAAUAUACAUAAAUAUUCAGUUUUUUGGGAUAGCAGUCUAAGAAUAUACUGAUAUUGUUAUAUGCAAUGAAAUUUAAAUGUUAUCCAUACGUCAGGUCAAAAUAUAUGCUUUGUUAGAAUUCCCAACAUAGAUGAGUUAUGCUAUUCUUAUUAUAACCUCACACUUAUUUCCCUGAAAUGGAA